UGUCCUCUAAGUUCAAGGAACACAUUUCCGACUCAUCUAUGGAUAUGCCAGACGAAUUUCACUUCAAGGAAGAGCUCGACGAAUCAGAAGAGCGUCAAGGUCUUCUAUCCGGGCGGACCGAUACUCCUACCAGGGAAUCUGGUGGAUAUCCAGCCCAGAAGUCAGACAAUUCUUCAUGGUCAUGGGGGAAGAUGGUCGCGGUCGGUGCAGCCAUUAUAUCGCUCCUCUUUGCGUCCUACUCUGGGGCGAUAUAUUACAUGCGGUACAAGACCGUGGAGAGAGCAAAGGCGAUGCAUUUCGACGGACAGACGGUACGGUCGAAUGGGACCCAUGAUUUCAAGCGGACAGUGCUUAUUGUAUCAAUUGACGGUUUGAGGGCGGACUACUUGGAGAGAGGGUUAACCCCGCACCUGUUAGACAUCAGCCGGCAGGGAGUACGAGCGAAGUACAUGAGGCCUAUCUUUCCGACUCUCACCUUUCCGAAUCAUUGGGCUUUGAUGACCGGGCUUUACGCCGAAUCUCACGGCAUCGUGGCAAAUAACUUCUGGGAUGCCGAGACUGACACCGAAUUCCACUACAACCGUGAGGAGUCUUCGUGGAACCCCCACUGGUGGUAUGGUGAACCUAUGUGGGAAACUGCUAAUAAAGCUGGCGUUAUCAAUGCGAAUCUUAUGUGGCCAGGCCCACCUAAAACUAUGUCAGGGGCAUCGCCUACGCACUUCUUGCCGUGGAAAGACAAGGUUCCGCUGGGCGAGAAGCACGAUCAAAUCAUGACGUGGAUUGAUAUGCCUUUUGCGGACCGACCUCAACUCAUCAUGGCAUAUGAGCCUUCUUUGGACCAAGCAGGGCAUCUUACAGGCCCCUAUUCCAAACUCGUCAAUGACACGUUAGGAUAUGUAGACGGCUUCGCGAAGGACCUCCAUGACAGUCUCGUUGCACGCAAUCUGACCGAGAUCGUAGAUGUUGUUUUCGUGAGUGACCAUGGGAUGACGGACACGAGCCAUCCCGAGCUUGUCUACAUGGACGAGAUACUAGGAGAAGAAGGUUGGAGCCAGGUUGGACAUGAGGACGGUUGGCCAUCCAUGGGUCUCCACUUCAGGCCGGGCGCAAACGUCACCCAUUACCUUGACAUUCUACUCGAUGCGGCCGCCGAGAACAGCGACAAGUUCGAUAUUUAUACACCUGAAACCAUGCCGGAACGGUAUCACUUCGCACACUGCGCGAGAAUCGCUCCUGUGUACAUUGUUCCGAAGAUGGGUUAUGUCCUGACGACGAGGAAGGAGGGUGACGUUGGAUUGUCCAAGGGAAAUCAUGGAUACGACAACAACGACCCAUCCAUGCGUGCGAUGUUUGUCGCUCACGGGCCAUUCACUGCUGUCGCAAAAGCACUCCACCAAGCCCGCUCGCCAUCGUCAUGGCUCUCCUCUUCGUCUCUAGUCUCGAGAGCACUCGGCCGACCGAACAAGGGAUGGAACCAUAUCGGAGACGAUACCUACGUGAUGGACCCAUUCCAGAACGUCGAGAUCUAUGGUCUGGUGAUGAAGUUACUUGGGAUCGAGAAGUGGGCGGCCCACAACAAUGGAACGGAGGGCUUUUGGGAUCCGUACUUCUAGUCGUGGUGUCCAUAAAGGGCCAGGCUCUUGUUUCUGUGUUGGCUGUGGUGUAUGGGGACUCCCAUUUUCUGGUGCUUGGUGGAUAUAUUCUGCGAAGUGUGGACACUUUGGAUCGGUUUCGACUAUCUUACUGUAUAUAAUUGCCCUCUACGUAGAUUACUAGAAUUGAUUUCCU